AUGAAAAUCUUAAUCCAUAUAAGUCAUCGCGCCCACACUGUGUUCGUGGGAGUACAUGUGCCAGCCAGACGACAUUCGCACAGGAAGCACAAGCACCACCGCAACGGUGACAAGGAUGCUGAGAGGCCUGGACCAGGCUUAAUGACACGAGUUAGAAGAUUAAGCGUCACGGAUGACGGUGAAACAUUGACGCCACCAGCUCAAAGAGUACAAUUUAUUCUUGGAGAAGACCUAGACGAUGCCACUUUUGAAUCCCAUCCGUUGUUUUCCGAAAUGGAGGAAUUGGUCAAAGACGGCGAUGAACUUGAAUGGAAAGAAACCGCCAGAUGGAUCAAGUUCGAGGAAGAUGUUGAAGAGGGUGGAAAUCGUUGGUCAAAACCCCACGUAGCCACAUUAUCUCUUCACUCACUAUUUGAAUUGAGAAGUCUUAUACUAAACGGGUCCGUCAUUUUAGACAUGGAAGCAAGCUCUUUGGAACACGUGGCUGAUAACGUUCUAAAUAAUAUGGUAGCCGACGGCACCUUAGGAUAUGAUUCCAGAGAGAAAGUUAAAGAUGCUUUAUUAAGACGACAUAGGCAUCAACAUGAGAGACGAAACCAUAACAAUAUGUCAAGACUUCCCCUUAUCCGAUCACUAGCUGAUAUUGGACGAAACCACUCUUCGUGUAAAAGUCAUCCGAUCCCAUCAGAUUUCCAGGAAGGUGGCUCUCGACGCUCUGGUUCGAGGAGUUGUCGGGGGUCCACCUCGUCUCCUCACACCGCUCUUCUUCAAGCGUCAGAUGCCAGGGGUUCUUAUCUAGCAGUACCAGGUGGUGGACACGAUGAUGGUAUGGUAAAAAGUCCAAGUAGCAUAUCUAUGCAACGUAAUCACAGUACUGGAGAUCUACCAAUGAAUGGAGAUAUAAACCACAAAUGUAAUACAAAUUUCAUGAGGAAAAUUCCACCUGGUGCAGAAGCAUCCAACAUUCUAGUCGGUGAAGUAGAUUUUCUUGAGAAAACUCUGUCGGCCUUUGUAAGACUUAAAACUGGUACGAUAAUGGGAGAUUUAACCGAGGUCCCAGUACCUACAAGGUUUAUGUUUGUGCUACUCGGUCCACCGAAUAGCAACUCCAGUUUUCAUGAAAUUGGCCGCGCUAUGGCUACAUUAAUGUCGGAUGAAAUAUUUCAUGAAGUUGCUUAUAGAGCUAGAAAAAGAGAUCAUCUUUUAGCUGGGAUAGACGAAUUCCUUGAUGCAGUAACUGUUCUACCCCCAGGUGAAUGGGAUCCUUCUAUCCGCAUAGAGCCUCCAGCAGCUAUACCUUCACAAGAUCCUAGAAAGCGUCCUAAUGAUAACAGCCAUAAAGAAGAGUUUGACGAAGAAGAAGAAGAACAAAAACAAAGAGAGGAAUCAGGGUUGGCACGAACUGGACGACUAUUUGGAGGUUUGAAAAAUGACCUUAGAAGAAAGAUCCCUUGGUAUUGGUCGGAUUUCAAAGAUGCAUUAGCCAUACAAUGUGUUGCGUCGUGGAUAUUUUUAUAUUUUGCUUGUUUAUCACCCAUUAUAACUUUUGGAGGACUUUUAGGAGAAGCUACUGGAAAAAAUAUGGCGGCAAUGGAGUCUUUAAUUUCAGGAUUUAUUUGUGGAAUGGGUUACGGUUUCUUUUCAGGACAACCAUUGACAAUCCUAGGAUCAACCGGUCCCGUUUUAGUAUUUGAGACAAUUGUAUUUGAGUUCUGCAGACAAAUUGGUUGGAACUACAUGUCAUUUAGGUUUUGUAUCGGGACGUGGAUAACGAUCAUUUUAAUUAUAUUAGUAGCAAUAGAUGCCAGUGCACUUGUCUGCUAUAUAACAAGAUUCACUGAAGAGAAUUUUGCUACUCUAAUAGCCUUUAUUUUCAUUUACAAGGCAGUGGAAAAUGUAAUAUCAAUUGGUAAAAAAUAUCCCCUAAAGACACGCCCAGAUGAAAUUCUCAAUUAUGAGUGCUAUUGUUUGCCAAGCAAUUACUCUAAAGUACCAGAACAAUUUAAUUGGACAUCAGUGGACAAAGACUCUUGUCAGCUUUAUAAUGGAACUCUAGCUGGUGGAGGGUGUGAUACAAAAGUCUAUGUACCAGAUGUUUUUUUAAUGUCUAUUAUUCUUUUCCUUGGUACGUUUAUUAUAUCAGUAAUCUUAAAGGACUUCAAGAACUCAUUAUUUUUUCCAUCUAAGGUUCGACAAAUCAUAAGUGACUUCUCCGUGAUCAUAGCAAUAUUGUCAAUGUCGUUUUUGGAUUACAAAGUUGGUGUAAAAACGCCAAAACUGGAAGUACCUUCCGAAUUUAAACCAACAUUACCAACACGAAACUGGGUCAUUACUCCAUUUAAUGGUAAUCCAGUAUGGUCUUCAUUAGUAGCAAUUUUACCAGCGUUGUUAGGGACUAUACUCAUAUUUAUGGACCAACAAAUUACAGCUGUUAUAGUCAAUCGCAAAGAGAAUAAACUCAAGAAAGGAUGUGGUUAUCACUUGGAUUUAUUCGUCUUAGCAAUACUUAUUCAAAUAUGCUCUGUUAUGGGACUGCCAUGGUUUGUUGCAGCAACAGUACUGAGUAUUAAUCACGUGAAUUCUUUAAAAGUAGAGUCAGAAUGUGCUGCUCCAGGAGAAAAACCACAGUUUUUAGGAGUUCGCGAACAGAGAGUCACUCAUAUUUUGAUUUUCUUAAUGAUAGGAUGUUCAGUUGUAUUAACACCAGUUUUAAGUCACAUACCGAUGCCUGUGUUAUUUGGAGUAUUUCUUUACAUGGGAGUUGCAUCGUUGAAGGGCCUUCAAUUCUUUGAUAGAAUUUUGAUCAUGUUUAUGCCACAAAAGUAUCAACCGGAUCAUAUGUUUCUACGGCAGGUGCCAAUACGACGCGUACAUAUAUUUACAGCUAUUCAAUUGACAUGCCUAGUCUGUCUAUGGGUAAUUAAAUCAUUUUCAAUGACGUCAAUACUUUUCCCACUGAUGUUAGUAGUAAUGGUUGGCAUCAGGAAAGCUCUGGACUUAUUCUUCACAAGGAGAGAGAUGAAGAUACUUGAUGAUGUGAUGCCAGAAAUGACAAAGAGGAAUCAGGAUGAACUACGAGAACUCGGAGACGCAGAGGAAGCGAACAAGAAUACUCCACCGACAUAUCAAGAGAAUCUUCAGAUCCCGCUUAUUAACGGCAAUAUAAUGAACAUACCAUUGGCAUCAAUAAAUAUAUCGGAGGAAGUAAAUAAAACCGGCAUUUGGAAGCAAGUUAACAAUGGCAACCAAAUGAAAGGUCGCGAUGGAAAGGAUAUGAAGUCCAAGAUGGGAAAGAAGAAUAAUAAACACAAGAAACAUAUAUCCAAAAACGCGCAAUCAGAAGUGGAAAGACGACUGUCCACUAUGGAUGAGGUUGAAGAGGACGACUCCGUAGUCAAGAACGAUCUCAUAAGGCGUAAAGAUUCUUGGAGCAGUGGUAUAAGAAAAAGUGAAUCUAGAAAAAGCAGCACAUCAGCUGAAACGUCGGUCUAA